CAAUAUAUCUGAGUGAGAGAGAGCAAGGUAUUCCAUAGACUAUAAGAAAAUAGUCUGUGAAGAAAAAUAGAGUGUGAGAGAUAUUAGUCAGGUGAGAAAGCAAAAGAGUGUUCUUUCUUUUGAGGAUGUAGUGGUCUUAGGAGUAUUUGUACUCGUUACUAUACAAUGUAAAAUUCCUCGCUAUAGUGAUAUCAGUUGUUCUUCUUGGCCGUGGUUUUUUCCCUUAUUCAGAAGGGUUUCCACGUAAAAUCUUGGUGUCAUUAUUACUGCAUUUCUAUUCUUGCUGAUUUAACCAUAACUUAGUGUUCCACAUUUAUCACUAAUACCGUAAAUAUUAUUCUUACGGGGUUUAUUCCCAACAGUUUAAAUACAAAAAACAACUGGUAUCGGCCUUGGGAAACAGUUUAUAUUCAUGAUGUCUUUUAAUUAAUCAUCCUAGUAAUAUUAUAUCCUAUGGAGGAUCCAGGAUGAAAUAGUGUCACGAUAUUCUUUAUUAAUUUUGUUAAAUAAAGAUAGCUGGCCUUUACCUUUCCGAAUGUUUAAAAGUUAAAGAGUCCAUUUCAUUUUAAUUGUGAUUCAUUGAUCAUUCAAAGACAACACCAAAUCUGAACUGAAGCUGAUGGACUUGAAUAAGAAGUGCAACUCAGAUCCAGCACAAGGAGAAUCUGAAAAAAGUAAUGUGACAAAAGUUGAUAGCAAAACAGGAAUGCAAAUCAAGAAAGCACUGCAUAUGCAACUCGAAGUCCAGAGGCAUCUUCACGAGAAAUUGGAGAUUCAGCGAAAGUUGCUGUUGAGGAUUGAAGAACAAGGAAAACAGUUGAAGAUGAUAUUUGAUCAACAACAAACAACAAGUCUGUUGGACACUCAAAAUUCAAACAUUUCAUCUCCUGGAAAUGAUCUAUCCAACCCAUAUGAUGAUACAGAAGUUUUGGAUGCUGAACACCGCGAUAACACUCACUUCCCCUUUCAGAGUUUUCUUCUUGCAGGUGCAUCUGAAACAAGAAAUAGUCCUAAUAAUGUGGUACAGAUCGACAGCAAAACAGGAAUGCAAAUCAAGGAAGCACUGCAAAUGCAGCUCGAAGUCCAGAGGCAUCUUCACGAUCAACUAGAGAUUCAGCGAAAGUUACAGUUGAGGAUUGAAGAACAAGGAAAACAGCUGAAAAUGAUGUUUGAUCAACAACAGAAAACAACCAGGAGUGUGUUGGACAUUCAAAAUUCAAGCAUUUCAACUCCUGGAGAUGAUCCAUCCACCCCGUGUGAUGAUACAGAUGUUUUGGUUGCUGAAGGCUCGGAUAAUACCGCCAAGGCCGGCUCAAUAAGUUUGGUGGCCUAAAGCUAAACUUUAAUAUGAGGCCAUCUAAAAAAAUCAUAUAUAUUUUUAGUUGAAGUAGAUUUUUCUAGUUUUUUGAGAAUAAAAUUACUUAAAAAUUUUCGCAUAAACCAUUUAAUCUCUCAUGUGCAAUAUGAUCUUAAGUAAUAGAUAUGAUUCAAGAAGUUGAUAACUUUGAUUAAAAGAGUUUUUUUAAUGUUUCUAUAUCUUGUUGCAAUGAUGAAAACCUGAGGAAAACAAUAGAGUUUAAAAGUGUAUUACAUAUUUUCUAAUGAUUAAUAUAAUCCUUUUUUAUAUAAAAUAUUUUACUUUUAUACUUUGAAAUACUUAAUAUUUUCUUAAAAAGAUUUGGGGUCUCACGAGAAGAGUUGGGGUGGGAUGGAUAACAUAUCUCCUUCUUUAAUCGGAAGUAUUCGAUUUUAGUAUUUGGAAUGAAAAAAAAUCUCUUAUAAGGAACAGUUCCCACUUUAAUGGACUUUAUACAAUACAAAUUUUAAUUAAUCAAUGUCCCAAAUUAAAUAUCAGACAUCGAAUAAGAAUUGAGAAACAAAAAUUGGGGCUACCAAAAUUUUGGGGCCUAAAGCCACCGUUUUAGUGGCUUUACUCUCUGGCCGCCCUUGAAUACCGCCAUCUAAAAUAAGUAAAAGUGACAUGGAGACUACAUUAAUUUGAAGAUUUUCAUUUUGAAGUUGAGUUUAGCUUUCUCAAAGAAGAAUAUGGAUUAGAAAUAAUGUAUCGGGUUUUUGAAAUAGCUUGUUUCCUGCAGACAAAUCAAGAAUUGAGCCUUUUUAACUUGUUUCAGCAUGGAAAAAAAAAA